AUGAUGGCCAAGUUCAAGCACAGCGAGGACGGCAGCGACGACGAGAGCGCCAAGAACGGCGCCGCCAGCGGAUCAAGCUCCGCGGUGCCGUCCAAGCGCAGCUCCAGCAACAACCUCACCAGGAACAGCGCCUCAGGCCGGAAAGCCAGCGGCCUGAGCAAGAGCCUCAAGCCCGAGGAGAAGAAGCUCAAGAAGCACAGCGACGAGAGCGACGCCACGAGCGACGACUAA